CCUGUAUUUGACAGGAGAUAUUAUGACGCUAUUUGCUGUAUCCUAAAUGUCCUGUAUUUGACAGGAGAUAUUAUGACACUGUUUGCCGUAUCCUAAAUGUCCUGUAUUUGACAGGAGAUAUUAUGACGAUUGUUAUCGGGUGUUAGAUUUCUCUGUGUGCACCAUUUGUUUGCUAUAUGAUGCUAUCAUCAGCGGUCCGUCCUUGAAUGGUCUUAACUAAGCCAAACCAAACUAUCAUCAGAGGUAGUAUCUAUUUUCGGCUGAGAAUUACCCAUUGCGACAUCACCUGGUGCUACUGACUUACAUUUCACAUAAUAUGAGCAAAGGUAAUUUGUGUCACCUAGACUCUGCAGCAUUUCGAAUGUAUCCGGCUGAUAUCUGAACUAACAGGCAGCAGACUUGGUUCUCUGAGGUUUGACUCAUGAUGGAAAAUACAGCGCGUCAAAAUCAUCACGAAAAUGGAAUGUCGUUAUUAGGCAACGACUUAAAGAAUGAGCCCUGAGGAAGCCACUGACAAAGGCGGCGCUAUAUAUAGAUACAAACACAACUCGUCAUAUCGGAGGAAAAUCCAGCUCAGCGUUUGUAUUGGGUAUCUAGCAUUCACUUUGGGAUGGGUCAAAGGUCAGGUCGGUCCGUCAUUUCCAGACAUCCUACAGAUAACCGGAACUGAUCUAGAACGAGGCUCUGCGUUCAUUACGUCAUUUUAUGUUGGGAGGAUUGUGGGAUCGUUGUCAGGAGUGUUGUACGACAGGUGUAAUAAACAAUUGUUUCUGGCGACAGUCUGUAUGGCUAACGGAAUCACAGUGGCUCUCAUCCCCUGGUGUAGUAUGUUCGAACUAAUGGUAGCGGUAUACCUCCUACACGGCGCUUUUGCAGCGGCAAUGGAUGUUGGUUCCACAGCCACUUCGUUUGCAGUGUGGGGCCGAGAAAGCCUAGUGUUUUACCAGGCUUACCAAUUCUUAGUUUCUAUUGGAGGUAUACUAUCUCCCCUGGCCGUCGCACCUUUCCUGGGCAAGUCAGUUCAUUUCUCAGCAGAGGCGAGACCUGGUACAGUCAAUGGCUUGAUAGUACAUAAUGUAACAUCUUGGAAUAUAUCUGAGAGUCUAGUGCAGUCAAAUAUCACGUAUGAUGGCAAUGUGACAAUGAAUAGCUCAGAUGUAGCUACUGUCGAACAAUCUACAGAGGAGUCUAUCUUAUACAUAGCAUAUUUCAUAGCAGCUGGGCUAGUUUUUAUAUCAGGGUUGCCCUUUAUUUACUUCUGCGAAAUCUCGAUUGAAUCAGAGGAAGCAGAAGAGGAAAGAGUCAUUCAACCUGAUCAAAAUUCCAUUACAAAAGAAACUUGCGACGUACAAACGCAAAAAGUUAAAAAUAGUCAAUUAACAAAAAAAUUAGCCAUCCUGAACACUUGUGUUUUCAGUGGUCUGUAUACCGCAGUUGAACUAGGCAUGGGGAACUUCCUGACAGUUUUUUGUCUGAGACAUAUGCAUUGGUCCAAAUUAAACAGUGUUUUUGCUGUAUCAAUAUUUUAUUUGCUGUUCAUGAUUGGUCGACUUUUCGGUAUAAUUAUUGUGAAAUUUUUCAAAUCAUUAAAAAUAUUGGGGUUUUGCAUGGUAAUGACCAUAAUUUCGUUUGCAGUGUUUCUAGCUUGUGCCUACAACUUAUCUGAUAUAGGGGUGUGGGUAUGUACAGGUGUAGCGGGACUGUCGAUCUCCAUACUGUUUCCUACUGUGGUUUCAUGGACAAACAAGGCUAUAGCUCCCAUGCUUGGUACCGUAUCCACCCUUGUAUUUGUGACGUCAUAUGUAGGUCCAUUCAUUAAUCCUCCGCUCCUCAGCUUUCUGAUGGAGUCUUAUGACUACAUGUGGUUUUGUUAUGUCCUCCUCCUGGAAUGUGGCCUGAUGUGUCUCACGUAUGUGUUCAUGUUGUGGUUCGGUAGGAGACGUAGACUUCACAAUGAGAAACGUCAGCAAGUAGAAACAUGAAGUCUACCAUUACUGAUUGCUGAAUUGAAAAUGCACAUCAUUUUGUGCCGAACAAAAUGUUUUAUUAUCACAAUUUAAUUUUUUAUACUGUCCCAUAGUUACCCUCUUAAAUAUAUUAUCUAAUCUGAAUAAAACAAAGUGUUAAAACUGUAAAUUAUGUUUGAAUAUAUUCAGAGAACGAAAAAUGUAUUUUCACAUUAUUUUAUUGCUUAUGACUUCUGUACCAAAUAUUUAUAUUUUUAUUAAAGAUAUUGUCCUUUGUUAAACAAAUGAUCAUAGUUUUCUGUAUUCCCCUUUCUUUAUGAAAAUGAAAACAGAUAAGUACACAUUGUAAUUAUUGUAAAACUUAAAUACCAAAUUAUAGCAUUCCUUUGUACAACCAAAUACUCAAGAGCUUUCAUAGAACUACGCCACGUUAUUGGAGCUAUCUAUCAUUUGCUAUCUGUGGUAAUUUGUUAUCUUGUAUGUGUGUAUAAAUACACUCUAAAUGGCAGGUUUCCAACAUAUUAAAUGUCGCUUUCAUUUUACGUCACUCCACACAUGUCAAAUAUUCGGGAAAACAUUGUAUUCUCGCACCGCCUUAAACAUAUCAAUUUAUUAUAUCUACGUGGAAAUACCUAAUAGCAUUUAUUAUCAUGUUGCUUAAAAACCGUAUAUCUUGUUUCGAAAUGUUUAGUUUUGUACUGCUUAUUGUCCUUCCAACAGUUAUGGUCAUUGAGGGAUGGUUUUAAGGGUGUGGUAUAUUCGUGUAGGAUACCCUAUCUGGUCACAUUAUACUGCCGAAAAAGCUCCAAAAAAGCUGAGCGCUUAACAGAAAUAGCAACUACCAUUUUCUAUAAAAUCUGGUAGUCUCGUCCAGAGGACAGGGCAAAAAGCCCUUUUCAUAGAGGCGAACACGCAACUGAAGGCAAAAAAGGGAGUCUCAAUGGAAAUAUUAUGAAGAGGACAGUUGUUGAUAAUGAGAGUCGCUUUCUAGGAUACAUUUUACAGUAAAUGCCCUUAUCGACAAUAAUUGAGACAAGUACAAAUGUACAUGAUACUUUCCCACCACAAUCAGAGAUCAGGGGGGUAAAUCCUAAUCGAAAAAAUAAAUAAAUGAGACUAUGUUUGUCCGGAUGCUACCGGGUAUAUCUUACAUCAUUUUCAUGUGACCAUCAUUAAGUAAUUAGAAUAUAUGUCAAGCUAGGAGAUGAUGUGUGCCUUGUGUCAAAUGCAUGUCAUAUUGACUGCAUAUUUGAAUACCGGUAGUCAAAUAUUCCAUGUCUAGAACUAACUUCUACAUGAUUCAUCAUCUGUGCAUUUUCAGCAUGUAAUGUCUCUUUGGUUGCGGACUGCAUUGACAUAAUCAAUUAUUUUGACAGUCAUGCACUUAUUGCGUAAUUAUUGUCAAUAACUUUGUAGGCCGUUUAUGUAUGAUUUGUCAUUUUUUAUGAAUUAUGUGGUUUCAUCAGAUAUUGACAAAAUGAAUAGCUGAUUAAAUUAUUAUAUAAUGUAAUUGAUUCUUUGUUAAACCGCCUCUGUUAUGUGAAACAAAGACCUAUCUGAUAAGUGAUGCCUAAAAACAGUGCAUAAGCUUUUUUACUUAUGCUGCACCUGGUGGGUUCAACUUGCCUAAAAUGAUCCGGAGAUGGUCCUGACUUAGUGUUUUGUUAAUUUUCGUGUCCAUCUGUAUUUGAAGAUGGUUUGCCAUGACCACCGUAUUGAAAAACACAUUUAAAACUUCUUCUCUGGUGUCAUCAAGCUGAACAUUGGCAAUCAAGAUACUAAAAAAACAAAUGCCUACAAAGUUUUUUUUCAAAUCAAUUACCUUGACUUUUAAGGUCAAAAGGGUCAAAUUUGUUGAACGACUUGCUCUCAAUAACAGCACAACAAUGCUCAUGUUAUUUGUUCAGUACACAGAAUUUAUGCUGAAAUCAAAAAUCAAAGUGAAGGGUCAAGGUCAUUCGGCAAAUAAGUGAAGACCAGAGUUUGUAUAUGUUUGCUAAGAAGUAUUUCGCUAUGACAUGAUCAAGCAAAAAUUGUUUGAUUGUAAGAAAGGAGUAAACUAUCCUGCGGUUAAGGUCUCUAAGUCAAAGAGAUUAAAGGCACUGAGUCAAUGGUAAACGUCAGAUUUGGUUUCUAUAACAUGCAAACAUUCUAUUUAAAUGGUAGCUGAUUAUCUUUUAUUAAUUUACCUUAACUUUACAAAUGUAUACGUUAUACAUCAUGUUUAUGUUAUGAAUCAAGUAUUGAUGUGCCCCACAGUCUCCGAAAGUAUCGUUUCUAACCCUUACCCUAACCCUUACUCAAUGGAUUACAAGAUAUUACACUUACACUGUGAUGAAUAUUCAAAGUAAUCACCUAACCAUCUAGCACACAAUCUUCAUACGCUUAUCGUAUAGCUACACAAUUAUCGUCACAACACUACAUGUGCUUCGCUUUGAAAAUUGAAAAUACUCCAAGUAUCAUAAAUUUUCAGACCAACUCUUAUCAAAUAUUUGUUAUGAUAUGAAACUAAAUCCAGGACCCCUGUGCAGUCCCGAACAAUUACAUGCUAAUGAUAUAUUGUGUAGAAACCCAACCCGUCCCUAAUAUAUCUGAUGCAGAAAUAAAGCCUCAACAUUAAGACUCAAUACGAUAGCUAAAAAUAAACUACCAAUGUAUUUAAAUAGCACGGACUACGAAAAUAUAAUACACUGCUUUGUCAACUCAGAAAUAAUGUCGGGAACCUAAACGCUGAUAUGUAUAACGACAACCACACGUAGAUGUAAUCAUGUUAAUUAGAACACUGUAUAUUUGAAUGUCCAUUUUAUAUUGACUCUAGGAGACAGUUGCAUGAAAGUAUAUUACAAAUAGGUAUAUUGCAUCAUGAUAAUCAUAACCUACACCCUUUUCUGAAUUAAUGUAUAGUAUGUACUAAAAAUAUCAAUACAUUUGUUCUUCAAAAUACAACUGAAUAAUAAUAACAAUAUUCCUCUGAAAUAUAACUUGGCACUCAUCUAUUGCUUGAGUGAACCAUGGAGCUAAACUAUUUUAUGGUGUAAAUUAUAAUCGAACGGCAAAAAUAUAUUUUUUGACUUACUUACUAGACUGGAUGUUGUUUUGUUAAAAAAAAAAAUCGUGUUUUGUACAUUACAAUGUUGAUUUAUAUUUUACUAUACUUAUUAUAUUAUAUGAGUGACCAAACAUUGAGUAAAAUCCACCCUAUAGAUACAAAACCUUUCCUAAUAUGAAAUACCAUAAUAUGUAAAGUUACUGAUGAACUAUCCUGAAUUUCCGUCGGUAUAAUGGUCGAUAUGUUUAUACACAGGGACUUAAUGACCUGUUUCCCACAUAAUUCGUGCGUGGCAGCUCAUCACUAAAUCUGCAUCAAUGGCAUGACUAUAACUGAUAUAACGAUUUUCUUUUAUGUUAUACAAUAAAUUGGAGUUCUCUCUCUUUAACUGUAAUAAGUGAUACCACUGCAGAAUGAUACAUGUAAAUAUAAAAAAAAAAAAAUUUGAACAAUUUGGAAAGGACUUACAUAGGCUUAGUCUUAUGUCCGAUCCUUUUGACAUAUUGAAAGUAAAUAAAAAAAAUGUUGAAAUUGAAAAAAAACCACUAAUGUAUUUAUUACAUUCUGAAGCAAAAUUGGUCAAAAUUGAACUCGCAGUCACCUGACAAAAGACUCACUGGAUCAAAGGUUAUGGUUAAGUGUUUGUUACAUGAACAUUUUAUUAUAUCAACAUACAAUUCGAGUUCCAAGGGACCAGGACCAAGCUAUAGGUCCAGUAACAUGCUGGGAUGAAGGGCUAACGAGUUUGUUUAAAUGAACGACCUUGGCCUACUUACAAUAUAAAAAGGGUUCAAAUGUGUUGAAAUGUUAAAAUGUCUUCUCAAAAACCAAAGAGUUUUGACAUUAGUCAGUUAGCAUGCUACAGUGUUCAUUGAAAUGAACAAAUCUUUACCUACUUUCAUGGUCACAGAGUUGAGAUAUGACAAAUAUUUCAGUUUAAAAGCAACACAUCUAUCACUUCACUCGAAAACUCUGGUGACCGUUUAGGCCAAUUGGCUUUUUGUAUCUCCUAUGUUGCCUUGUUAAUAGAAGACGAGUGGAAUCUCAAUGCCAUCCUAUUCCUAUGGAUUUACGAGUUUAUACAAUUUAUUCUUCUUCUAGAUAUUUGACAAAUGAAGUAUGUAUUUGUGAUUAAUUUUGAAAAAUGUUGAAUCUAAAGUAAAAGUGCACAACUCACAUGUCUUUUUCCAGUUUCUGCAUUAAACAAAUUUGUUAACAUUA